AUGCAAAUGAAAGGAAAUCACGACGAUUCACCACUCAUUGAAAGGUUCAAUCUACUCAAUUUGAGACCAUCAAUGGCUCCUCUGGCAUCAUCAAUCCAAGGUCCCUCAGUUUCUCUCCCAAAUCAUCUUCUCACCCAAAUGCCAACUUGUUCUCAACAAGCUCAAAUGUUGCCCCCACAACGUCCACGAAUCAAUCGAGGCUCAAGCUUCACGAAUCGUGUAAAUCGAGUCACCGACGAGUACCGAAGUCUCGUCCCAAAACUCUCGAAUCUCAACUUUGCCUCGACUCUCCCACAUCGUACUACUUUUCACGAAGUAAUCCCACCGUUUCCUGGAAGCGAUUCAAUGCCGACACUUGGAAUGAGAGAUGUGGCAUCUUGGUUGAAAUCUCUUCGCCUUCACAAAUACACGGCUCUUUUCCAAGAAAUGGCAUACGAUCAAAUGAUGAGUCUCGACGAAAACACUCUGGAGCAGCGAAAUGUGACGAAAGGAGCAAGGAAGAAGAUUCUUCAAUCAAUCGAGAAACUCAUUCAACGUCCGGCGAUUCUCCGUGAAAACGAACAAAUGCUAUUCAUGGGUGCUGGGAAACGGUGUGUGAAUUGUGCUAUUGCGUGUCUUCGUCAAACACUCGGCACACCAAUUCGUCCAUACGGAUCAAUAAAUGCCGAAUCGCUUGAUACGCCAUGUAUCAAAAUACCGGAUCAGAAUUUACCGAGUAUGCUUUGUCGUCUCCUAUUCCAUGUGCAUUGCCUCGUUUUUUGUGGUGGUUUACAAGCUGGUCGAGAAGAUCUCGAAGAUGAAUAUCUUUUCAUGUUACUCAAUGUUUAUGAUAGGAUUCUCAGCAAUGAGGCCUUUACUGCGGCUCAAAAAGAGCAAGUUCUGGAGUGGAAAAAAGAGGCCAGGAAGUUUGUGUCACCGGCCGAAUUGAGGAGACAUCGAGUGAACACUCCACACACAACAAAAUGCGAUUCGUGUCUCAAGGAAAAUCAAGAGCGAACCCGUUCUGAGCAACGAACGAUCUAUCGAAAUUUGGUCAGUGUGAGAGCCAUCGCCAAUUUGCCCAGUUUGCCCAAGGGUUUCUUCGACCUGGAUUUGACUGCUCAAUACGUGGUAGCAAAUCAACAGCUAAUACUCCUGUUGAUGCAAGGACAACAAGGACUUCUUCAACAACAACAGCAAAAGGAGCAAGAGAUCCUUAACAAACGGACUCAAGUAUUUCAACCUCCUCCGUCCACCAAUUACAUGAACACAUUCAAUCAACCACAACCACCAGUUCGGAAUUCAAAUCAUCCUCUCUUUGGGCCUCAGCCUCAAUCAAGAUCUGGUUAUGGAUUGGGUACUCCAAUUGAGUCAACUCUUUCAACAACACCUCGACCCAUUCAAGGUCAAUCAUCCAUUCACAAUCAGCCUCGAUACUUCAAUGAACAGCCUUUUACACUUCCGGAGGUUCGUCAAGCGAAUUCACUCUUUUCUGAUUCUCUUCAAAUGCCAAUCGGAACAUGGAAUGGAGCUGCUGCCGAAGAAGCAAAGAAAAGAUUAUAUGAGCCAUUCUCUCCUUGUGACUCGACUUCUGGCUAUUCCUCAUCGGGAAGUGAACGAGGCGGAUCGCGGGGAUCGGCUGCUUCACCCGAAAGUCUUCAUACUCAAAGAAGAGCACUUCACGACACAACACCGAAUCUUCUCAAAGCUGAUAUACCGCAGGUUGACGUCAAUUGGAUCUACGGACAUGGCGCACAU